UAAAAGACUAAAUCAACUCUAGAGCGGAGAUUCAAUUAAUUAGCAUAUAACGGUGCGGGAUUAGUUAAGUUUGAAAUGUCAGGGGCAUCAAAAAUGUCUUUCUGUGAUAAAUAUCAAAAUCUUUUUUUUGGCGAUCACAAUUAUAAUUUCUCAUUUCUUAUCGCAGGUAUUUACUGAAGACCGCAAUGGAAAGAAAUGUUCGACAAUUGGAAGUGAUAUUCCCUGUAGACGGCGAUUUACAAAAGGUCAACAUAUCCACAGUGUACUCGUACGUUGAAAAUUUUGGACCAAUCGUAUCAUGUGAAAAAAGUAGUAAUGGGCUUGAUAUGCGUAUGAUUGAAGCCGAUGGUGUACCUAUGAAUUGGUUUAAUCGCUACCAUGAAAUCGAUGGGUAUCGCGUGCGUAUGCGACGGGAAAUGCACAUUUUGGAUCUGCCUCUGUUUUGUUUGAAAGUGAUCUGCAAGUGGCUGUUGAAUAGCAUUGACGAUUUGUGUAGCGUCACGGAAGUCUGCACUACAUUGAAAGACGCUGCCAUAUUGACGUUCGAAGGAGAGUUUUCAAAAAGUGGCGCACGCUUCGCAUUGAAAAAUCGAAUGCAAGCAGAUAUACGCCUUUUCCAAUGCUUUCUACAUUCAAUUACUAGGUUAGAAAUUAAUGCUGAGGACAGAGAGCAUUUCACUUAUAUCUUAGCAUCUCUCAAAAAAAUGAGCCCCAACAAUGUUUUGAAAUAUUUGAACUUUUCAAACAAACGGAAUUCAAAUGGGCGUAAUCAUAGAGAAUAUGUGAAUCAUUUUAGCCAUCUUUCUACAGCUGAAGUGGAAGAUUUGUUUUCAGUAUUUUCACAUUUGGAAGGAAUAUCUUAUAACACAUGGGAAUUUGUGUUUCCACGACUACCUCCUAAUUUGAGGAUAUUGAGUUUAAAUUUUCUGUACGAUAAUGAAGAAAUAUCUGGAACGUCGCAUGUAAUCAAUGCGAAUUUACAGAAAAUCGUUAUCAGGUCCACAUAUAUUUAUUCACUCGCUAAAAUCGCUGAACUUUUGCAAUCGAGUCCACAAAUUAAAGAAAUUACUAUUUACGGAUGGGAAUGGGGAAGUUUAACGGUUGCCUGA